GCCCCGUGCCGCGCCGUGCACCGAGUGUCCAAGAAGCAGGUCCACCGGCCGCGAUGCGGAAGGGGUGUGCCGUCGGCCCCAGUCCACCUCGAGCAGCGCAAGUCAAAGGCUGGUCGACAGGCGCCAGAGGUUCGACUGGGCGGCUCAAGCGCGUCAAAAACGGCAUCAUGUACUCGCUGUGGUACGCCUACUUCGCAGUCAAGAACUCUAACUUGAAGUUCUCGGACCUCAACGUCCCCUUCAUCAGCGACGGCGAAAACGCAGGCGCUGCUGCAGGGGGCACCAGACCAACUCCCACCCCUCCAGCCCCCACACCCGCCCCCGCCCCCACCCCUGCCAAAAAACCGUCCCCGCCACCACCCGCCGCCCCCAAGCCCGACCCGCCCGCCCCCGCCUCCAUUGGUCCGGAGCGGAGGGGCGCGUCCGCGAGGCGCCUCGAGUCUAGAAGCGCCUCGCGCGGCCCGUCCUUGAAGUGUUUGGACGUGGCCGUCAAACGCGGCCUCUGCUUCGGGGCCCUGCUGCAGCAUGCUGGCCAGUGUGCGGGCGCCCAGGCGGCCACUAAUCCUGCUCCUCGUGCUUCUGUGUGUUCUGAGUUCUGA